AUGGUGGCUUUUGACCUGAUCCAGGCGCUGGAAUAUCUGUGGUCGAACUUCACAUGGGUAACUGGAAUAGCCGUGUACGUGUGUUUAUGUCUUGUGACUCGUUUCGUCUCAGGCGUGCAAAGCCGACGGACUACACCUGCGCAAGAAGGCAAAAAGGCCCAGUGUCCCAGAACAACACCAUACUGGUUCCCUUGGCUAGGUCACAGUGUGCCGUUCUUAUGGAAUCAUUUGAGUCUUUUGGAGGCCCUUCGGGUUUCGGCGAAGGAGUCCGUCUUCGGAAUCUAUCUUAGCGGCGAAACUUUCCAGGUCGUGGCUUCACCGUCGAUCAUGAGGAAUGUCUGUUCCUCUCAAGAAACAACGAGGAGCCCUCUUGUAGAUAAAGCUCUUCGUAAUGUUUUUGGCAACCGCAGUUCAAGGCACAUUACACGUAUCGUCCAGCACGAAGAGCUCGAUCUCGACGUAUCAAGCACGAUCGCCCACAAGCCCUUCAUUAGCGACGCAUCCAAGUCAAUUGAGAAAAUUUUGAGGCGUGAAGUCCAAAAUUUUGUGAGCUUCGGCCGAAGUCCUGUGGAUCAAUAUCAAUGGGAACGCGAUGCCGAAGUCUCAACAACCGAAGGAAACCAGUCGACCAGUGAGACCAAGCUUUUCGCGCUCAUUAGGGCCUUUGUGGGUCAUAAUCUAACCAUCUUGUUGAUGAGCGACGCUUUUUUUGACAACUUCCCUCUGUUUCUGACAGACCUCUGGACAUUAGACGAGAACUUUGUCCCACUGUUCACUGGUUUGCGUCGAUGGAUUCCCACGACGCCGAAUGUUUCCGCGGCCUUUCCAGCACGCGAUCGUCUUCUCCAUACCUUGUCUGUAUUCCAUCGCGCAUUUAAUGCCUUCCAGGACGGGUUCGAUCCUCACGACGUCACAUGGUGGGAUCUCGACAACGUUUCUGAAUUAUUCAAAAUCCGCAUGAGGACAUUCCACAGAUUGGAAAUGCCACCCAGUGCAAGCGCAUCAGACCAAUUGUCUCUAUUCUGGGACUUGAUCGAAUACAGCGCCAAACUGACAUUCUGGAUGGUCGCACACAUCUCCGCCGACAGCGCGCUACUAAAGGACAUCCGAGCGGAAGCCUCCGAAACCGUCAGAUCGAGUCGACCAAGCCAAACAGGCUUACCAUUCCCAGAGCCGCCCCAACUCGAGAUCGAUAUUGAGAAUAUGCUUGAAAGCUGCCAGCUCCUGCGCGCAUGUUACUACGAAUCAGUCCGCCUGCAUACCGCGGGGAUCUCGCUCCGCAAACUCAAAGCAGACAUGAGGGUAACCGAGUCCACGGAAGACGCGGUUCAACCGCGCACGUACGAGCUCCACAAGGGCGAGACGGUCAUGAUGCCGCAUGGCCUUGUCAAUCGGGAUCCGCAGCGCUUUUCGAAUCCAGACCAGUUUGAUCCGUUGCGGUUCAUUGUGACGGAUGAGGAUUCGGGGUUGAAAAGGGCUUGUGCUGCGAGUCUGGAGCCCUUUUCGGAGGGGCUUCAUGGCUCAAAGCAUAAUGCUUUUACAGAAAGGGCUGUUUUGGCGUUUGCUGCGAGUAUUGUGUCGAUGUGGGAUAUUACGGCUGUUGAUGGAAUAGAGUUGAGGGUGCCGGACAAUUGUGAAACAUGGGGAACUUUGCGGCCGGCCAAGGAUGUCAACGUCAAGAUCCAAUUGAGAGAAGAGUUGAGAAGGUAG